AUGGGCGCCCAAGACGAAAGAAGCACUCAAAAGGCGCCCGAAUACCAGGAAACUGAAGCCCCGCCCAACUAUGAAGAGGCAUUGCAGAGCUGCCCCACAACAUCAUCUCGCUAUGGUUCGCUUCCGUCAACAGUGAGUCUCCAUGGUCAGUGGACGAAAUUGAAAUCAAUGAAUCUCUGUGCGGGUGAGGAUGCCAAGAACCGUCUAUGUUUGAUCGAGAUGCAAACUGGCUACAGCGGCAAACCUCCGCUGGGGAUGAGAACUGGAAUUCUCCUGCGCAACGGCAUGAGCAGCAAGGAUUCACUCCUUGCUGCCGCCGGCGAUGAGGCGCGUGGCCUCCAUGCAUUCAAUCCCGACGGCAUCGUCUUCUUGCCGCCACUUGAUCCGGACCCAAAGUCCGACCGCAUGGAUACAGAACUCCUGCGCGCCGAACCUGGUCCAAACAAAGGUAUUGCCUUCCACUUCUCCAUCGAGGUAGGCGAGAAGAACCUGCGGCAGGAGUUCGCAUGGAGGAAAGUCAAGAAGGGUGAAGACCAAGCCAAGAGAAAUGGGUUCAAGUUGGUUCGGCUCUCGUCUACCCAGCAACCACCUCAGCCGAGCGGCAGUAGCAGCGUCCAAAAUGCGUCUUCGUCCUCGCCCCCAUCAGCAGGCAAAGACGGUGAGACUGUUGCCUUUCUUGGAUGGGCCUGGCCCAGUCUGACUCAUGCGUUCACGCUUGAGGUGGUGGACGGCCAGUCGAGCGCAUUGGGAGAGCGCUGGACUCUUAUGAUUGUCGUUACUGCAGUCAGGCUCUAUACACUGCAUGUUAAGGGGAAAACGAGCAAGUUUGUUGUUGAUAUGGGAAAGAAGACUUGA